AUCUCAAUUCCACCGAUUCCUCACUUGCUAUCGCCGCAACUCGCUCGGUACGGCUCACCAUGAGGCCGCGCAGCCAGAAUGACCUUCUGAGUCGUUUCGCUAUGGGUUAAUUUUAACCUACACGGGUCAAGAGCUCUUGACCUAAAUUUGUGCCAAGAUGUCUACUGACAAGAUUACCUUCCUCACCAACUGGCACGCGACGCCGUACCACGCCCCCUUGUACCUCGCUCAGAGCAAGGGUUACUUCAAGGAAGAAGGCCUGAAGGUUGCUCUGCUGGAGCCCAAUGACCCCUCCGAUGUCACUGAGAUCAUUGGUAGCGGCAAGGUCGACAUGGGCUUCAAGGCCAUGAUCCAUACUCUGGCCGCCAAGGCUCGUAACUUUCCUGUCACCUCGAUUGGCUCUCUUCUUGAUGAGCCUUUCACCGGUGUUGUGUACCUCAAGGAUAGCGGAAUCACCGAGGACUUCCGCUCUCUGAAGGGCAAGAAAAUCGGCUACGUUGGAGAGUUCGGAAAGAUUCAAAUCGACGAGCUCACCAAGUACUACGGCAUGACUGCGGACGACUACACUGCCGUCCGUUGUGGCAUGAACGUCACCAAGGCCAUCAUCCGUGGUGAUAUUGAUGCCGGUAUUGGUCUAGAGAAUGUGCAGAUGGUUGAACUGGCCGAGUGGCUGGCAUCCCAGAACCGUCCGCGUGACGACGUUCAGAUGCUCCGCAUCGACCAGCUCGCCGAGCUCGGCUGCUGCUGCUUCUGCUCCAUCCUCUACAUUGCCAACGAUGCCUUCCUGGCCGCCAACCCCGAGAAGGUUCAGAAGUUCAUGCGUGCUGUCAAGCGUGCAACCGAUUACGUCCUCGCAGAGCCUGCAGCGGCCUUUGAAGAAUACGUUGACAUGAAGCCCAUUAUGGGAACCCCUGUCAACCGUAAGAUCUUCGAGCGGUCUUUCGCCUACUUCAGCCGUGAUCUGAAGAACGUCAGUCGUGACUGGGCUAAGGUCACCAACUACGGAAAGCGUCUGGGUAUCCUUGACGCCGACUUCCAGCCUAACUACACCAACCAGUACCUCUCCUGGACGUUGGAUGCGGAUUCGACUGACCCUCUGGGCGACCAGAAGCGUAUGGCGGAACUGCAGAAGCAGGUUGCUUGCGAUGGUGGCUUCAAGCGUCUGCAGGUGGCCUCUAGCGCAUAAGCAGCUGUGACAACGUCUUUGAGGUCUGAUUGGUAGGCUUAUGCGUUAUUAGUCGUACGAUCCUAUGCAGAAUAAAUGGCUUAUCAAGUCUGGAAGUGUUGUCUCUUGAGUUUUACCUUAAAUGUCUGUAGCGUAAGCGUAGGGCGUACGUAAGCUGCCUACGUAGACCCGCGUAUCCAUCAGAUAUAGCCAAGUAACAGACAAACUAGCCAUGCCCCAACCUGCUAGUGCGUAGUGAAUGACGCUCUACGUGAUAAGAUACACAUCAAAGCCAAAGUCUAAUAUAUCCUG